AUGGCUAGACAAGGGAAGCUCCCUCCUCUCAUUGGACGUGAUGAUGAGAUCAAGCGUUGCAUCCAGAUACUAUGCAGGAUGACAAAAAGUAAUCCUGUUAUCAUUGGUGAACCUGGUGUUGGUAAAACUGCCAUUGCAGAAGGGUUGGCUCAGAGAAUUGUAAGAGGAGAUGUCCCUGAACCUCUUUUGAAUCGGAAGGUUGCUCUAUGUCUUUCUUUUUGA